AUGACAACAUAUCAAGUUGAUAAUGCGAUGAAUUUACAAUAUCUUUCAUUAUUUAUUAUUAUGAAUUACUAUAAUACAAAAACAAGUAAAAAAUAUUGUCAAUUAUCAAAAAAAACAUAUGUUCACAAUGAUACCAAUCUUAUUCAUUUGUAUACAUGUUCACAAAGUCAGAGAUCAUCCACGACAUUUAAAAAUACAAAAGAACAAAUCAAUAUGAAAAGAUGA